AGUAAGACAAAAACUUGUUUUCAGGGUGUGUCGCCUACAUAUGAAAUAUUGUUCUGCAAAAUUAGUCUCUACAGCUGUUUAGUUUAAUCUUAUGUUUCUUGCUGAUAGCAAGAAUUUUCUUUUUUAAGUGUAAUAAAGUGUAGGACGGUGGUUUUAUUGAGGUUUUUCAGUAAAAAGGCGUCAAUAAUGAAUCACAUGAUUGAGUAGUGUUUUGUAUGAUGUAGCGUUGGCGAACUUGGCAUUGCUGUGCCUGUCAAAGAUGGCACCUAUUGCCGAUGGUGUGAAGGAGAACAGUGUGUCAUCUAAAAAGAAAGAAGAGGCAGAAAAUAAAGAAAACUUAUGGUCGUCUAUAUUGGGCGAAGUUCAGUCGAGAAGCAGCAACAAGUUGCCAUCAUGCAAGUCUGUAGUUGUGUUGGGCGACAACGAGUCCGGGAAGACUACGCUCGUCGCGAAGCUCCAGGGCGUGGAGGACCCGAAGAAAGGCUCCGGGCUGGAGUUCGCCUACAUCGACGUCCGGGAUGAGUACAGGGACGAUCACACGCGGCUCAGCGUGUGGGUCCUGGACGGCGACCCCGCGCACGCCCACCUGCUCCGCUUCGCGCUCUCCGAGGAGAGCUUCCCGCACACGCUGGUGCUGCUGGUGGUCGCCAUGACGACGCCCUGGGGCGUGCUGCAGCAGCUGCAGUCCUGGGCCGCCGUGCUGGAGGACCACGUGGACCGCCUGGGGCUGUCCGCCGACCAGCUGCAGGACGCGCGGCGCAAGUGCGCGAGGCGGUGGCAGGACUACGCGGAGCCGGGGGACGAGCUGGACCAGGGCUCGCCCCUCAGGCGCACCUCGCGCUGCCUGGAGGAUGACGCCGAGGCCUUCGCGCUGCCCCUGGGCGAGGGCGUGCUCACCCGCAACCUGGGCCUGGACGUGGUGGUCGUCGUCACCAAGACGGACUACAUGUCGACGCUGGAGAAGGACUUUGACUACCGGGACGAGCACUUCGACUUCAUCCAGCAGUGGGUGCGGCAGUUCUGCCUGCGCUACGGCGCGGCGCUGUUCUACACGUCGGUGAAGGAGGACAAGAACUGCGACCUGCUGUACAAGUACCUGACGCACCGCAUCUACGGCUUCCCCUUCCACACGCCGGCGCUGGUCGUCGAGAAGGACGCCGUGCUCAUCCCCGCCGGCUGGGACAACAUGAAGAAGAUCAGCAUCCUGUACGAGAACAUGCAGAGCAUGAAGCCGGACGACUACUUCAGCGACGUCAUCGUGCAGCCCGUCACGAGGAAGCCCGUGGCGAGGGAGACGGAGGUGCAGGCGGAAGACGAGCAGGCCUUCCUGGGCCGGCAGCUGCAGCUGCUGCAGCAGGGCCCGCCCUCGGGCGCGCGGCAGGACUCGCCCAUGCGCUCCCCCGCGGGCGUGCAGAAGACCCCGGACCGGCGCGCCACGGGCUCCCCCGGGGUGCAGGGCCAGCUCGGCUCCCCCAAGAAGAUCGACGGAGCCAAGCCAGGCGUGGGCGGCAGCGGGGAGGGCGUGCUGGCCAACUUCUUCAACUCCCUCCUGAACAAGAAGACCGGCGCGGGAGCGCCCCUCAAGUCCCCCGCGGAGCUGAACAACGACCGGGCGCACACGCCGGUCGACAAGGCGGCCAUGCGCUCGGACGCGGCGGCCGAGCUGGACAGGCUGACGCGAGGCAAGAAGCAGCCCCCUCCCGGCCCGGACCUCGGCUCCUCCGAGUGCUAGGGGGCGCUCUCCGGCCGGCCCCCCCCCUCCGUGGCGGGCCGGGUCUGUGAUAGCGGGGCGCCCCGAGGGCCCACGCACGGACCACCUAUUCAACCCUCUCCCUCGCGGCGUCAUUAACCACCACUAAUCAUCAUGGUAUUAUAGUCUUUAUCCGCUGCUCUUGUGAAUAAUUACAACAACAAAAAAAAUUAGCUGUAUAUUUAUAAUUUAUUUUUUAUUUAAAAUUUUUUUUUUUUUUCACAAUUUAUGUUACUGUAACUCAGACUUGAAAGUAGUUAACACGUUAAACUAAGUCGCUCCAGAUGAGUGUAAUAUCUAAUAUUUAUUAAUGCAAAAAGCUUAAGCUCCAAAGAGAGGUUAUGUAAAAUGCAAUUGUCGGGCGAUUGUGUGUGUGCGUGUGUGUGUGUGGAUGGUGUACUUUAUCUAUGUUGUAAUAUAUAUAUAUAUUUUUAUUCCACGUGUUUGUUACUUUGUUGUGUCCCCCCCCCCCCUUCCCCCUUGCAAGUCUGAAGGAUGUCGUUGACGUGUUUCGGACUGCAUGGGUAUAUUGGCUGUUAAUGAACCUUGUGAGGAUAUUUCAUCCCCAAAAAUUUGAGGUAGCGUGUUACAUUUUUAGUGCGUUUUUGAACUACUUGUGUUUCAGUUUGUGUUGCGAACAUUUUUCUGAAGUUUAUUUUUUACAGUGGUAGUUCAUUCUAUUUGGGUUUUGUUUGUCCUUGCCGUGGUUAUCCAAUAAGGUAGUGCUGUGGCAUUUCAUCUAAUACCAACACUAAUAAAUGCAACUGAUUUAGUCACGUGUGAAAAACGGAACUUAUUAUUUUAGUAUUUAUAGCCCAGUGCAGUUUCGCCGAGAUAGCACAAGUGAAAUCUGAUUUCUCAGAUGUUUAAAAAUUUUUGGAAAAUGCUGCUGCGUAGGAUGGCCCAUGAAUCAAUUUAGUUCUAAGAAGUGUAGUUUUACAUAUACAUUUUUUUUUUGUAAAAUUUACCUAAAAUUAAAGUAUUGCUCCAUGACAUUAAACUACAAGUUUUUUCAUUGUAUUGAUAAACUAAGGGUAUGGCAAUAUGGCUAUUUUGUUACUGCAAUAAUUUUUUUCUUGGGUUUGUGCGUGUGUCUGUGUAUGCUGUUGUACAGAUAAUUAUAAAUUACUGUGAUACUUUUUUUUUGCAUGCUUGCGAAAACAGAUACUUUCUUUGCUUCCGUGCACAGCACAGAACAACGGCCUGCCUCCAAUCUGAACCAUGCAUGAUCUCGAGAAUGUGCUGAAUCGAUCACCGAAAACUGAUGAGAGGUUUUGCAUCUGCAACAUGUUCACUGCUUCGUAAAAACCUUAUUUUUUAUGGAUUGAUUUCAUUUGAUUUGAUGAUUUUUUUUUACAGAGGAAGAAAUUUUUUGUAUCCGAAACAUGAAAAUAGGGUGGUCUUUAUUUUGAAAAUUGAAGUUUUUUGAAUGUUCCUUCAAAACCUAAACAACUGUGUUUUUGCUCACAUAUUGUUAUAUUCCUGAGUCUGAGAUUUAGAUUUGGUUUCAGGGCACUAUUUUAAGAAUUAAAUUUGAGGGUGGUAUUUGAGUAUAAGUGGAUUCCAUUCUACGCUAGUUUUUUAGUUGAGAACUAAAUUUAGUUCUCAGUUUCAAUUUCUCCUCUCUCUCUCCCCCCCCCCCCCUCCCGCCCAAACCAUCUGGUUUUUUCAGUGUUCAGAUGGUCUGUCAUUCUGAAAUGAAAUAAGCUUUGAUGUUUCCCCCCUCUCCUUCCUCCAAUCAAAAUGUGACAAUCAUGCUUUACGUUACUUGCUGCGUUUUACGUUUAAGUCGGGAAGCUUGCAAUAUGUUACAAUAGUUACCCUCUUUUAUCACAUAAUCGUCGCACGCGCGUAAUCGUCGCACCCAUAUUUUAGGCCGUAAAAAUUGGGAUAAAAAAACUUCUCGCAUAAACUCGCAUGAUGUUUUUGGUCCCGCUAGUAGAUGCCGAGUGCUUUGUGUAGAUAUCUUUUCGGUAUAAAACAAUGUAUUUUAAAGUAGAAAUCUAAUAUUUGGUCAUUCACUCAUUACCUAUUAACGGAAAAAUACGAAGUUGUCUAACGUGUAAAUUUUCUUAUAAAGACGUUUUUAAAUGUUACGUAUUUCCUUUAUCUGAUCGUCUGCGUCGCCGCGGUGUAGGUAUUUUUUCUGUAUAAAACAAUGUAUUUUAAAGUAGAAAUCUAAAAUUUAAUUGUAGUCAUUACCACUUAUUUAUUUAAUUAAUGGAAAUACGAAGUUGUCUGGCGUGUACAUUUUCUUAUAAAGACGUUUUUAAACGUUAUUUCCUUUAUCUGAUUGUCUGUAUCGCCGCGGCGUACCGCUUAAGAAAUGUAGCCAGCGCAUCAUUCCUGUUUGGUUAUGUUGCUUCCCAUAUAGAGUGCGCGCACGUAGUCGAAUAUUGAUAUCUCGUCGAUUGGAUGCAAUGCGUGCUCUCUGUCUGUACAAAUUCAAGUGGCUUGUGUUCGCAUUAGAGUUUUGGUUUUUUCUAUUUAAAGUUGAAGAAAGGUUUUUGUUUAAGGAAUUAUUAAUAUAGAUUGUUUGGCGUGCUCUUGUAUACUCCACCCUUUUUUAAAUAAACAUACUUUCCGUGAACUUACUUUACCUAACAAAAAAAAAAAAUUUUUUUCCGCAAAAUCAUCGCACACCUACUUUUCAAACUUGAUUAUAGAAUGUAAAAUGUGCGACGAUUAUGCGAGAAAACACGGUAACAAGUACUACUAUUGUUUUAAAUAAUAUUAUAGAUACUAUAGGUUUGGUACAAAGAUGUUACAAUUUUUUUUUUGUGGCCAGUUAGUAAGUACAGUUAACUAAAUUAGUUGCCUGGAAAAUUUUUGUUCAGAUACAUUGUGUGUUUUGAGUGAUUCACCAGAAUUGGAGCUAAAAAUGAGGCAUUGAAAUUGAGGGGUAAAAAAAUAUGGAGGUAGGACGUUGUAGAAAGUAUGCUACCUGGUCCCAUGUCCCUGUCUGGUCGCUUUUAGUUUUAACAAGUCAUUGUGCUGUGAUUGUCACUGAGAUCUGUUUGCUGCACAGUGUGUUGGUUUAUGUGCUACGUAUGCUAAAAUUGUUUUGAGCCUGUCUAAAACAUUGUAUUAAAUUAAUUUUUUUUUUUUACUCUUUGGUUAUUAAUGUUCAUUAUGCUCGCUAUGGGGAUACUGUGUGUGUUUGGAGCUUUUUUUUUUAUGGGCGUUUGAAAAUUGCAGUUUAGGUUUGACCGGAUUUAUAGGUGGAACUGAGUCUGAAUUAAAAUAUCUUACCAUUGUCGGAUCGUAAACCCUGCAUCAGUUGGGCCUUCCAAGUGUAGAGUGAGUGUGUUCCGAACAUACCAACAGAAUGUUUCAUGAAUUUUGCAGGCUUGUUACAAUGAAAACCAGACAUGCGACGGGGGUGGUAAUGUUCGUUGCACUGGUAUGCACAAAGGCGUCUCCAUCGGGGAUGCAGUGGUAUGCGAUCUACACUGAGGAUCAAAUCCUCGUGCUCUUACACGUAUCUGUGAAAAUAUAAAUCCCCUGCCCGCCCUCCCCCCUCCACCUUUUAAUAUCAUUUUAUGUUUUGUAUAUUGUAUUCAUGGUCACUUGAUAAGUGGGAAUGAAAAAGAAAGUGUGUAGAUAUGUAGUACGUUUGGUGGAUCAAUUUGAGAACAUUAGUACCUUUAAAAAAUUUUCUUACAGCUGUUUUAUAUGACAUUGUGUUUUUAUAUAUAUAAAACACAAGCAAAAUACAAAUACAAAAUAGGUCUGCUACUUGCAGCAAUGUCCCAACUUUUACGUUAAAUUGUUCAAGCUUUUACACAGAUAAAUUUUCACAUGUAUUAAGUGGAUAGUCUCCAAAUAUUUAUACUUUAAUGUGCUGCUAAAAAUUGAAGUGGCUUAAAACAAAAAGUUGUAAGUUAGUAAAAGGCUGUUGAAAGUAACAUUUAGUGACUAGCCAUCCAGUUGCGUUGUUUCCCCCUUGAUUUACGGCCUGCAGGCAUCUUGCUAUACUGAUUUCCCCCCAUGGUUUCCAAAAAGAAAUGAUAAUGAUCUUUGUAUUGGUUGUGGCACAAUCAGUACUUCAGUUAUGUUCUACUUAUUUGAUGAAUGAGGUUGUUAGUUUUUCAUCAAACCUCUGAAAGAAUUACCUACUCAGUGGCUGCUUUGUGUAAAGUGAUUCCAAUAUGGUUAAAAAAUAAUAAUAAUUUAUCUAUUGGCUUUUCCAAAAUGUUUCAUACUUAUUUAUUUCUCUCAGAUUUUUUGUUUUGAAAAUCUCUUUGGAAAAAAAAAAAGCACUUUAUAAUAUAUUUUUAUAAACUAUUUAAGUGCAGAAUCGGCAGACAUAAAUGUAUCUACGCUUGGUGUACAUUGCUGACACAAAAAACUAUGCUUUAGUAACUUAGACGCGCCCUUAGGUUUACUUGAAAGUGAUCUUUAAGAUUGAGAGAUUUUUUUUUAGUCAGGAAUAUUUCGGAAUACGUGUCCGAGGAAAUUUAUGUACACACUUGCACAGUAAAGUUAAGUGUCUUAUCAUUCACUGGUAUUGUGUUUGUACUGUUUUGUUUUUUUGGAACUGUACAGAAGUGUGUAGAUUCAUGUAAUUUUUUAGUACCUACUUUUUCAAACCUUUUUAGGUGAAUGAUGUAUCAGGUACACUGUACUGAUGCUUGUGGAAACAUGAGAUGUAUGGACACUUAAUAAGACUUGUUUAUAACGAGCACAGACUAUACCAAUAUUAGUGUUAACUGAUUUCUAUACUCUGCACUGUAUGUACGUUCACUUUAUUACCUUGAUGCCUAUUUUCCUACUGACAAAUGGGACGAUGGUAAUUUUUUUUUGUUUUAAACUGAUGGAAUUAAUAUUUAGUGUACGUUGGAAAUGUGUUCUUGUGUAAUUAUUGCUAAGAUUUGUGUUAUUUAAAAAAAAAAACUGUGGCAGCUAAAUUAUCACCUCGUGUAUUUAAUUUUUUUAAGCUUUUCGAGAAGAGGGUUUAACUUUUUGUGUGUGUGUUCGGGAGGCAAAAAAAAACUCUGCAGGGUUUUGACGGAGCGCGACAAAGCUCAUUGCAGGUUUCGCCGAUUUUUCUUUCACGUGUUUUUACGUUGAUCGCGUCGAUCGUUUCUGCCGCGCAAUGAGCCAGUAAGUAGCGAGCAAAGCCCUGCAGCGAGUUGGAGUGGCGAGGUCAACGUGGCCGGACGCAGGGCAGACUAUACGACCGUAUAACUGUCAGCUGCGCUGGUCACAAGGGCCUUCCCCGCGGUCGACUGCUUUCCAGUUUGUAUCGUGAAUCUGAAUGCUUGACUCUACUGUAUCACAGCGUAAUCAAAAAAAAAAAUAAUAAUAAUUUGUUGUGAAAUAAAUAUUUUAAAUUCAA